AUGUCCCCCAAAUCGGUUUUAAUUACCGGAUGUAGCGAUGAUGGAAUCGGCUCUGGCCUGGCACUGACUUUCCAAAAGCAAGGCUAUCAGGUCUUCGCGACUGCCCGAAAUCUCGACAAGAUGACCAAGCUGAGUGGCCUAUCGAAUGUCACCUUGUUGCCGCUAGAUGUGACCGAGCCACGCCAGAUUGAAUCGGCUGUAGCUGCGGUUGAGGCUCAGACAGGCGGAACCCUAGACGUUCUAGUCAACAACGCCGGUCGCAAUCACUUCAUGCCUUACCUGGACGAAGACGUGGAGCAAGUCAAGGCCCUCUAUGAUAUCAAUGUUUGGGGGCCACUGCGAGUGACCAAGGCCUUUGCCCCAUUAUUGAUCAAAACGCAAGGCUCCAUCGUUUUCAUCACGUCGAUCUCUGGCUAUGUGAACGUUCCAUUCAUGGGAGCAUAUGCCGGUUCGAAACGAGCACUGGAGCUUAUGGCUGAUACACUUCGGCUGGAGUUGAUCCCGUUUCAUGUCAAGGUUCUGUGCAUCCCGACUGGUGCGGUUCGCACCCAAGGGCAGACCUAUUUUGGAGAUUUCAAGUUACCCGAUAAUUCUCUGUACAAACCAAUUGAAGAGACAAUUGCUGCACGGGCACAGGGCCAGGACGGCAUCGAGCGAAUGCCCUUGAUGGACUACAGCAGCCAGGUUGCUGCCCAGAUCGAAAAUGGUGCGACUGGCCGCUUUUGGUGUGGCGCCAACGCCGACAGGACAAAGGCUACCAUUAGCGGUGAUUCCAAUGAUAUGAUGGACGACAUCUUUGUCAAAAUCACUGGGCUAAAUACGUUGUAA